CACCCAAACAUUGUAUGUAAUUAAUUUGGACGACAUAUUUUGUCCGUUCGUGAGAGUAUCUAAAUCUAUCGCAUUGAGAGUAGCGCGCCGGACAAAGAGCCGGAACCGCACAUCCGGAGGUUGUGCGCAUCGACCGGAACAUCAAUGGCACAUUCCGUCAACGGUGCUAAAUAGAUUGUUCCCUACUAUUACUACAUUCCGUUGCAGGUUCAUUUGCCAUUUGCGUUAUUUUCCUGGGCUCAAUGGGUUCAUAUUGACCCCAAUAUGCAUAAGAAGUUGGAUCAGAAUGAGUGGUGUUUUCUGAGUCGGUUCAGUUGGAAAACCAAUUGAACUAGUUGAGAUGACGCAGAAACAUCAGAACAGUAUCAAGAAGUAUGUCCAGAUAGUCCUUGCUAAUAGUCCAGGAAAUUCAAAAUGAAAAGUUACCCCUACGUUCCCAGCAUGGUGCAAGCGAUCACUGUCCUUACGGUAUUGAAAAUGAUGACCAAAGCACAAACUUCUUGUGGAUCGGGCUCAAUGAAUGGCAAAAUCCUCUACGAGAGGCUGCCCAACAUCCAGCUGCAGGGGCUGGACGAUGACGUGGUCAAAGACAGUGCCCCGCCCUUCAUGGUGCUGGAAAAGUGCCAGGACCUGUGCAUGCGUGACCGUUCCUCAAACAACAUCGUUCGCCAAUGUGCCUCCUUUGACUUCCAACCGGGCAGCCGAAUAGCUACAUAUACCGGGGACACUCAAUAUGAAGAGAGCACUUGCUACUUAACUGGGGAACAGUCCAGGCCGGAAGGCCUGGGCACUUUGAUAUUGGCCCCCAACAGCAUUCACUUUACCGAAGUGUGCAUCACUUCCAAUCGGCCUGAUCGCGAGUGCCCGAACCGGCGCUACAUCUUCGAGAGGCACCCGAGGAAGAGGCUCAAACUGCCAGCAACCGACAUUAAAGAGAUGAACGCAAACAAUAGGAGCGAAUGCGAAGACAAGUGCCUGAAUGAGUUCAGUUUUGUGUGCCGCUCGGCCACCUUCGAUAUGGGCAUGAGGACUUGCACUUUGAGCCGAUUCACUCGUAGGACGCAUCCAGAACUGGUGGAGGACGAUCCGGAGAGCGACUAUCUGGAAAACACCUGCCUGAACGCGGAGCGCCGCUGCGACGGACUGGCCGUGUUCAUCAAGGAGGAAAACAAGCGACUAGGAGGACCGUUUGAGGUGGAUUUGUUCACUAACCUCACCUUGGAGGACUGCCAGGCCAUGUGUGUGAGGGCUGAGAAGUAUUUGUGCAGGUCAAUAGAGUAUGAUGAAAUGACCAAACAGUGCACUCUGUCCGAAGAGGACUCGAUUUCGCAAAAGGACGAUCUGGGCGUGGCCAGCAGCCCAACCCAUCAUUUCUUCGACUUUGUCUGCCUGGAUAGCCCUCGCGGAUCAGAGUAUCCAGAUAAUUCGGUGACUUCGCAUUUGUUCGCUGGGAAGAAGCUGGAUACGGCCUUUCAACGCUACAGGAACAGUCGAUUAGGGGGGGAACAUCACUCGGAAAUAUCCGGCCGAUCGCUCAGCGAGUGCUUGGACGAGUGUCUACGACAGCCCAGCUUCCAGUGCCGCUCAGCUGAGUACAGCGAACGCUAUCGCACCUGUAGACUCACCAGGUACAACCAGAGGGAUGGAAUGCGGAUUAUUUACGACGCCGAUUACGAUUACUACGAGAAUCUGAUGUUGGGGGGUGAAGGCGAGAGCUCAGGGGGCAGACCGGGGGAAAGUUACCCAGCAGGUGGCCACUCUGGAGGAGGAGGAGGAGGCGGCGGAGGGAGGUACCCAGCCAGUGGAGGGCGGUAUCCAGUGACGUCUGGCAGCAGAUACCCGCCGCCCAGUGGCGGCGGCGGCGGCGGUGGCGCCGACUACGAUGACCGGCUGCCAGCUCGAAGGCCCGCGUACAGCGACAGGUAUCCAGAUGAGGAGAGGUACCCAACUAGGCCCGAUCGGUACCCGGCAGAGCCAGGACGGUACCCGCCAGAGCCAGGACGGUACCCGCCAGCCUCCCGAUACCCUCAGGAGGACAGGGACAGAUACCCAGCCUACCCGCCUUCCAGUGGCGGCCCAUUGUAUCCUCGACCUAGGCCUAGCUAUGGGGGCGGCAGCCGAUACCCGGAAGGGGAAAGAUAUGGCAGCAGAUACGGGGAUAGAUACGACUACAGACACGAUAGUCUCUAUGGCGACCGCAUGGGGGAUAGAGAUCGGUUUUACGCUAUUGACAGAUACCCUCCAGGGGUGGCCGAUCGGGACCGUUACGGUUAUAACGAGCGAGAUCGAUACAGUGGUGGCGAUAGAAGUCGGUACUCCCCCUCUGGCGGUUAUAACAGCCGGUUUGAGGGCGACGACAGGUUUACGUCGCGCUAUGGAGGCUCUGGAACCCGGCACGGGAACCGCUUCAAUGACCGCUACUCUGGAAACCGGUUUGGUGCAGGCGGGGGUGGAACCCGCUACGACACCAACAGAUACGACUACUACGGCGACGACAGAGAUGGAGACAGCAGGUGGUUCUCGCGGCCCGACAGGCGCCCUUUGGGCCGCCCAGUGGAUAGUCGACCGCCCUACGAAAGGCCGGAGCGGCCGGGGUUUGAGGACAGGCCCUACGCUCCCAAUCGCAGGCCGUAUUCGCCGGGGCCCGAUGGCCCCAUUUACGACAGUUUUAACAGCGUCACCCCAGUCCGCCCCUUCAAUACGCGGUGCGAAGAAGGUGACAGCUUCAAGCAGAUGGGCACCAGGCAGAGGGCGCGGAAGGAGUUUGUGCGCCGCACCGUUUUUGCGCCCUCCUUGAGCAGGUGCCAGCAGGAGUGCGUGGAAGAGAGGGCGUUCCUAUGUAGGGCCUUUAAUUACAAAGAAAGUGCAGCCGCAGGAGGGUACGAGAGCAGCAGAGAAAACUGCGAACUGAGCGACAGAGAUAGCGCUGAGCUGGAAAUGGGCAACGCCCAAUAUUUUGACAGCAAUGGCAACUACGACUUCUACGAGCGAGCCAUUGGACGGAAUGGCGGUGAUGAUGACUGCCUGGACGUGAGUCAAGUUUGCAAUGAGGAUGGCAUGGAGUUCACGUUGAGGACGCCCGAAGGCUUCUACGGGCGCAUCUACAGCUACGGAUUUUACGAUCGAUGUUUCUUCAGAGGCAACGGCGGGACUUCGAACGUGCUGAGAAUCAGUGGCGCGCAGGGAUAUCCGGAGUGCGGCACUCAGCGCUAUGGGGAUACCAUGACCAACAUUGUAGUGGUGCAAUUUAGCGACUUUGUGCAAACUGGCAAAGACAAGCGAUUCAACUUGACGUGCCUGUUUAGGGGACCUGGGGAGGCAGUGGUGUCUUCCGGCUUCAUCGGGGCAGGGUCUGGCAGUCCGAUCCCCAUCGAGUACCUUCCAGCUGAAAACUCGCUCAGCUCCAAAGUGAGACUGAUGAUCCUCUACCAGGGCAGGCCCACAACUACCAUCGCUGUAGGCGAUCCUCUAACUUUCCGAUUGGAGGCCCAAGAUGGGUACAACUAUGUGACGGAUAUUUUCGCAACCAAUGUCGUAGCUAGAGAUCCUUACUCGGGGCGCUCAGUGCAGCUGAUUGAUCGGUUUGGAUGUCCAGUGGAUAGUUUCGUGUUCCCCGAGCUGGACAAAGGAAGAAGCGGCGAUAGUUUGGAAGCUCGUUUCAAUGCCUUCAAAAUUCCCGAGUCCAAUUUUCUGGUGUUUGAAGCCACGGUCCGGACCUGUAGGGAUGGAUGCCAACCUGCCUACUGCCAAACAGGAACCGGACGGUCUGAGCCCUCAUUUGGGCGGCGUAGGCGCUCCCUCAACGCCACCCAGGUGGAGAACUCCACUUCAGAUCAACUGCCCACGCCUCAGCCUCUCAAAGCGAAUCAAGCAACAGCAGCUGCUAAACCGCAGCAGCUCAAAACUCCGCCCAAAGAGUCCACCAUUGUGCUGCUGAAGACCGAGGUGGAACCGAAAAACGCCCUGGAAGGAGGCAUUAAAGUAACCAGCGCCGAUAAGAGUCCAGAAGAAGAACCGGAGUUUGUGCGGGAGAUGAUUGAGGUCUUCGACUCACGGGAGGAGAUGCCCCAGGCGCGGAUCGCCGAGCCUGCGCCAGAUGUGGUUUGCUUGCGCCCAGGAGAAUACCACGGGCUUAUUGGGGCUGUUUUCGCUCUAGUUGCCAUCCUCCUCACCGCCUCUUUGCUAGCCGGUUUGGCCUAUAGGAAGUACUGGCUGGUGAUGAGGAAAAACAUGAUAGCGGACCGGAUCUCCUCCUCAAAUUUCUCAUCGGCCCCAUCCUAUCCGACCACCAGGAGCAGCGCGGGGCUUUCUCAAGGUGUUUCAGCUUUCGGCACAAUGAUUCAAAAGCCGUUCUCCAACUUCAGCGUUGCAAGGGCGACCAACUUUCCCAUCAUCCCCAAAGUGUCCGAUCACUUUGAUUCGCCGGGCGCUGCCCCUGGGGGUCCGUUUGAGGACCCCAGCGAGCCCAUCUAUACCGACCCCUCGUUGUUUGAGAGGUCGCGCAGCCUGAGGAGCAUCGCCGUUUCGGCGAAACGUCGAAUAUCGGCCGAAAGGCAAUAGGGAGGAGGUUGGAGUUAGGCCAUAUGUUUCGUAACAAGUAACCGCUAAACUUUUUUAAAUAGAAAAAUUAUUUUAUGCUCUUGUAUAUGUUGAUAAGGUUAAGCAGUAUAUUUAGAAACAAUUGGGCAGAGGGUGAUGGGCGCAUACCAAUGUUUCCACCAAGCCGCCCAGACAAAAAAAGUUUGUUACGAUCACCCUGAAAGCCCUUAGUGUUUAGUGUAUCCAUUAGAGUAGUUCAUAAUUUUAGUCGUACACUGUGCAUUUGUUCCACUGCCGUAAUUCCAGUUUUUCACUGUUUUGUCGCUUUUUGUACGCUCAUAUGCUGAGAAUGUGAUUUAUAAAGGGAAUAAUAGUGGGCUGCCACUGGUUGAUUUAGUUUUAGAAAAGAAUGGCGGCUUUAGAGGUUCACAUAUGAAAAAUUAUAUAACCUAAGGCUUAUUUAAUACAGGGUGUUUAAGGCAGGAAUGAUCCCAAGAUUCAAGGGGGUGGAGCUAGAAAAUUCAGUACUGUUUCCUUUCCGAGAGGAAAACGAUUUCUGGUUUGCUUCGUGAAGAAAAAACGAGACGAUUUUCUGAAGAAACAGAUCGAGAAGCCAGCUUUAUUCAGCAAGUCUCUAAACUCUCACAUUAUGGUUAAAAAAUCUAGCCAAGAAUCUUUUUCCAUAGCUAAGUUAGGUCUGGUUUCACCCUUUUAUCCCCUUAAUGAACAAUGAUCGUUUCCGAUUAGCCACUCUUUAGGUAUAGAAAGAUUAAGCUAUCCACUUUGAGCACCACUUAGUCCUGCAAUAUCUAUAUAAUUAUCACCCUGUAUAUAAAGAUUUUUUUCAUUUAAUAAACAUAAAAUUGCGUUAGAAUUAGGCCAUUUGGCUUCAGGCACAUUUUUAAUGAUACAACCCGGCCCCCAAACGGACCGCUUAUGGUGAAAAACAUUUUUAUCGAAUUUAUGGGUUUAAGGUAAUGCGCUGCUUGAAGGAAGAGCUGGAAUUAUCAUAAUUAAACGUAAACUGCGAGUUUGUGCAGGUAUGAUGAUUGUUUAGGUUGUAGGUGGUAAAAUAAGCCACUACAGGGAACUACUAGAGUUUUAGGGGCCCGCAGCGACUGACGAAAGAGUUGGAACAUUUUGACAAUCUGGAACACAGUCUUUGUCUUUUGGACGCUAUUUUAAAUGGAGUUAGUCAGGGAUUUAAUAGUAUGUACCUUAGAAAACUUCCAACGGAUUAAAAUGGAUUAUGUCAGUUAAAAAAACUGUUUAACACUGCAAAGAAAUUAAAUUCAA